CUUGGCUUUCCUGGAUUGUCAGGACCCAAAGGCUCACGGGGUCUCCCUGGGAAUCCUGGGUUCUCUGGACCACCUGGGCAGCCAGGAAUCCCAGGAAGUGAAGGACCAAUGGGGCCAUCAGGAACCCCAGGAUGCAAUGGGACGAAGGGAGACAGUGGAUACCCAGGGUUACCUGGGGUGCCAGGAGCUGUUGGAUUACCAGGUGUUCAUGGAUUACCAGGACUUAAGGGAGACUCCUACUACUUCCCACCCACUGCUGAGGUGGAUGGACAUCUUGGACCACCAGGAAGAGAUGGUGUCAAGGGUCAGCGAGGGUUACCUGGACGGCCGGGUCUUCCUGGACUGGAGGGACCGAGCGGCACUCCGGUCAGGAAUACCUGGGUUAACAGGUGUACAAGGAGAGAAGGGUCAGGAAGGUCCAAGCCCUGUUAUUCCAGGCCCAAGAGGUCAAAAGGGUGACCAAGGCCCUCCCGGGAUACCUGGACAGAAGGGCAUAAAGCUGUAUGCAGAGGGUCCCAAAGAGCUGAAGGGGGAGCCAGGUGAUACAGGAGAGAAGGGGUGUACUGGCCAGCAUGGUCUCCCUGGGCGUCGUGGAUAUAAAGGGGGCCAAGGCGACCAAGGAGAAUCUGGGGCUCUGGGGAAACCUGGGAAAGAUGGGAUCCCUGGGUCCUAUGGAAUUCAGGGUGAGAAAGGUGAUGUGGGCUACCAGGGACCUCCUGGAACAGAAGGUUCAAUGGGUGACAAAGGUGACCGUGGACCCACAGGUCCUCCAGGGGAUCUGAUUCAGAUCAAUAGGAGAAUCCAAGGCUUGCCGGGUUUGCCUGGGCCUCUCGGACCUCCUGGCUAUACCGGUGAUCAAGGUGUGAUUGGUUUUCCUGGAAUGAAGGGGGAACCAGAUCUGUUGAAAGGCAACCGUGGACCACCCGGUCCUAAAGGCAUCAAAGGCAUCCCAGGACAACCAGGGGAUAGAGGCGAGUUCGGAGAAACAGGUGACGUCUGUCGACUCUGCCUGCGCACUAAUGCGUCCCCUGGAUCCCCAGGACCUGCCGGAGAGCCUGGCAGGCCUGGAGAGACAGCUGCCCCUGUAUUUACAACAUUUGUGUUUCUCCAGGACGAGAUGGUGCUCUUGGAUCCAAGGGAUUUCGGGGAGUCAAAGGUCUUCAAGGUCCACCAGGUCAACAGGUGA